AUAAAUGAACUGAACAAAAGAAGUUUGUAACGAGAAAUCUCAUUGGCUGAUAGUUCGAAAAAUAACGUUUGAAAACACAGAUAACGCUUGUCAUAUUUUUUCUUGUAAAGACGAGCACACACGAAACUAGUCAUAUAUUCUUAGCUACAACAUGUCAAUGAGUUCAAAUGUUGAAAAUUUAUCUCCACAAAUUAUUCGAAAUAUUGCAAAAGAAGUGGCGGGGCUGACAAAAGACCCACCUGAAGGCAUCAAGGUUAUUCCAAAUGAAGAAGAUAUUACAGAUAUACAGGCAAAUAUAGAAGGACCAGCUGGUACACCAUAUGCAGGUGGAUUGUUUAGAAUGAAAUUAGUGUUGGGUAAAAAUUUUCCAUCAGAACCUCCAAAAGGGUACUUUUUGACAAAAAUAUUCCAUCCAAAUGUGGCUAGUAAUGGUGAAAUAUGUGUUAAUACAUUAAAAAAGGACUGGACGGCUGAUUUGGGAAUUAAACAUCUAUUAUUGACUAUAAAGUGUUUACUGAUAGUACCUAACCCAGAAUCGGCAUUAAAUGAGGAAGCUGGAAAAUUACUGCUGGAACAAUAUGAUGACUACACAAAAAGAGCAAAAAUUUACACAGAAAUCCAUGCAAAACCACCAAAGUUUUCAGAUGCUGUAUCACAAGAUCCAAUCUCAGAGGGUCCACUGGCAAAGAAACAUGCUGGAGACAAAAAAUUAAUAAAUAAAAAGAAAAUUGAUAAAAAGAAAGUAUUGAAGAGAUUAUGAUUAUGAUCUGAUAUCAUCCAUUUCUCAUUUUACCAUCCAGAUAGAAUGUGUGCUUUAUAUAAAAAAAAUUAUGUAAAUAUGAGACAUUUUGAGAAAGAUCAGUACUUUUGUUCAGGCUCUAGAUUUAUGUUAAUUGUAUUUGCAAAAUAUUUAAUAUAUAUAUUUAAGAAAAACAAUGUAUCUAAAAGGGCUUUGACAAAACAAUAUUGUAUUUUAUGAUAAAUUAUAAACAAUUUCUUGUAAAUGUAUUUUACUUCUGUGAUUUCAAUUCAGGGAUGUUCCCAUAAAUUUCCUAAAAGUAAUAAGUUGUUUUUCUAAAUUGCCACAGAAUAUAUAUAGUUUUAUAGGUUGUAGAAGACCUGUUUAAUUGUGCCAGUGUUCUUGAAAAUAUAUGAAUGUACAUUAUUUCACUGACAGGAGUGACUGAUCCAGGCAUCAUACACUCAGGAUUUCAUUUCAACCAUUUUAUCAUUUUAUGUCAUAAUAUUCCUGGUUUUUAACAUUUUUAACUGUUUUAGCUCACCUGUGACAAGGUGAGCUUCUGUGAUUGUAAUCCGUCUGGCGUCCGUCUAUAAACUUUUACUUUAAACAAUAUCUCCUAAUAAACUACUAAGCCAAUUUCAUCCAAACUUCAUAGGAAUGUUCCUUGGGUGGUCACCUUUGAAAAUUGUUCAAAGAAUUACAUUCUAUGCAGAACUCUGGUAAAAAUAAAAUAUUAAAAAAAUUCUUCUUUUGAAAAACCCAAAAAGCUAGAGCUUAGAUAUUUAGCAUGAUACAUCUUCUAGUUGGUGUCUACCAAGAUUGUUCUUGGCCCUGGGGUUAAAAUUGGCCCCACCACAGGGGGUCAUUUAUUUUCCUGACAUGUAUAUAGUUAAAACAACAACAAAAUCUUUUAUUAUACUAUAUAGGGUUUAGCUUAGAUAUUUGGUAUGAAACAUUGUCUGAUGGACCUCUACAAAAAUUGCAAGCAACCAGUGAUUUCAUAGCAGCCAUUGACUUUUCAUAGCAAACUGUUAAUUUUCAUAGCAGCCAGCAACUUCCAUAGCAAACAUUAACUUUCCAUAGCAACAAGUGAAUAUACCAUUGAAUUUGAAGGCAGGCAACUGACUUCCAAGGAAACCAGUUAUUGUGUAUGGCAACCAGUGACAUCUUAUGGAACUGUUGUUUUCCAUUAGCAAAAGCAACCAGUAAUGUUUUUUUACACAAGAUGAUACACUAUUUCAGAUACAAAUAUAAACUUUUGUGAUAUCAGUUUAAAAUUAAGGUUUUAUGUCUGUUUUUGUUUACAAUAUUACUUGUUCAUUGACAUGGAGAGUUUUUAUAUUCAGGUGAGCAUUAUUAGGGUCAUCAUGGCCCUCUUGUCUCUAUUUUCACUCACCAGAGCUCUUGAGAUCACUCACAAUCUGUCCGUUCCUGAUCUUUUCCUAAACCACCAGAACCCCAUAGGAAUGUUUUUUGGUUGACCAUUUUACAAAUUUUUGUAAAGCAGAACACAAAGUGACCGUUUAACAAUUAUGUUGAUUUGAUGAAAAAAGAAAAACUGCAGUUAGAAGGGAGUAGGAAAAAAACUUUUAUAAUUAGUUUUAAUUUGAAAUAAUUUAACAAGAAUGAUCUUUUGGUGACCAUCUGCAGUUAAUAUAAUUUUUCAAAAACCUAAUUGUGUUUCCUUAUACAUGUAUCUAUAAAUAGCAAACUUCUGAUAAACACUGGUGAGUGAUACAGGGCCUUUAUAAUGUGUCAUGAUGUUUACAGAAUUCAUGAUUUAAGCAAUCAGAAUCAUGUGAUGGUUUGACAUUAUUUGAAAAACUUCUAUUUUAUUAUUUUAUGCAGCUAUGAGAAAAAGAUAAAUAUGUAUGUAAAUUUCUUUUAAACAAAACUGAAGCAUCUAAUGUAUUAAGAAUUAUUUGUCUCUUGUCAAGUUAUGGCUUGCACGUUUUGAAUUAUGUAAAUAUUGGACAUAAACUUUCCCUUUCAGGUAAAUUUGAAUAAUAGAUUGUGUGCUAUAUAGUAAUAGGUCAAGAAAAUGAAUUAUAAUUAUGUCUGUUUAUAGAUCAGAGAUGAAGAAACAAUUGUUAUUGCAAGUAUUGCAAAAUUCUUUUGUAGUUUUAACAUGCUCAAUAUGUAUAGAAGCUGUGCAUGUAAUUUAUAUAUGUAUAUUAUUUAUUAUUGUUUUGUUUUUCUCAAUACUGGUCCAGAAAAAAAAGAUAGAUAAAAAUGGGAUUAGUUUUUUGUCUCCUCUACAUAGUAGUGGCGAUAUAAAGGGAUAACUUCUCGUCGUCUGCCUGUCCGUCACAAUUACUCCUAAAAAACUGCUGGAGCAAUUUCAUCCAAACUUUACAGGAAUGAUCAGUACCAAGUCUAGUUGUUCAUAUCAUCGGCAUUUUCCGGUUCAAUGAUUUCUGUCGGAGUUAUUUGAUGUAUAAUGUGCGUUUGUCCGGUCUCAUUCUUUGAAGGAUUACAUAGAGGAUAUUUGUUUAGUUCAGUGUAAGAUCGGAAUAUAUUUCACUGAGUGAGCACCAAAAGGUAUAUUUCACGAGUGGCGCAGCCACGGGUGAAAUAUGAACUUUUGGUGUUCACGAGGUGAAAUAUAUUUCGAUCUUACAUUAAACUAAACAAAUUUUCUUUCUAUUAUAUGCAAAGAAACGUUUAAAAAGACAUUUUAACCUAGUACUAAAUGAAAAGGCGCCAAAUAAUAAUACAACGUGACGUCAUUUACGACGUCACAUCUUUAAGUUGGUUUCCAGUACUGUGAACGCUUGUAUUUUACUGAAACAACGUAACGGGCUCAAAUAUUUAAAACAGUGACAUUAUCAGUUUUUAUUUCACUGAUAUAUUUCUAUAAACCACUGGAAUGCAUGUAAUAAAAAAUAAUUUGUACACCAUGAUGGGGUGGUGUGUGACUCACAAAACCCAUGUCCGCCGCCUAAAGGUCAAGUCCCCUAAGGGUGAGCAUAUAGUCGCCGAUUUGUCCAUCUGUCUUUCCGUACAAACGUAAAGAUACUUAGCUAAGUUAGGUGGCUAUGGGAACAAUAGGGAACAAUAUAUUUCCUUUGAUGCUAUUCAUUCAGUAAGCUCUUAUGUGGCUUCUUUUUCUCUUACAUUGCUAAAAGGACAAAAGAGAGAACAAAAGAGUAGCCACUUAAAUACCAAACUUUGAGUACGUCCAUCCGUCUGUCCGUCCGCUAUUCUUGUCCGGGACAUAGCUUUGAAACAAGAGGUAUCAACAUUAAACUUUGUAGGUAGAUAGAUCUCAUUGAGUAAAAUUGCAGUGGAAAAGAACCAUAACUCUGCCUUGCUUAAUUUUGGAGUUAUUGCCCUUUGUUCAUUUUUACACUGAACUUUGUCUGUGACAUAACUCUUGACACUACAAGAGGUAUACUUUCCUGUGUCCAAAACCUAUUUGGGGAGCAUCGCCCGGUCCAACCAGUUCUUGUUAAAAUUUGUCUGGACUACUCCUUUUAUACCACUUAUACAUUUCAAUGAAACUUUGAUUGAUCGGUAGCUCAAGUACAGUCGAGACUGCCUUAACGACCCCCUGAUUUCAUCGACUCCCUGUCUUAUCCGACCUUGUUUCAGUACUCCCAACAUAUUUUCCUAUAUAAAUGGUCUGAAUUAAACGACUCCCUGUCAUAUGUGACAAGCGACCCUAAUUGUCUGGUCCAAAUGUAUUGUUUUGUCUGAUUUAAACGACUUUCACACCUUUUAAUUGUCUGUUAAUCAGAUAAAUAAACCUGUUUUAACACCCAGACAACCAAAAUAAUUACAUCCAAUUAUAAUCCAGUUGUCAGUACACUUCAAACAAAUUAUACACAGCUCUGCCUCAAUUACACAGUUAACAUGUAUACAGGUAUCAAGUGACGUAGCGUCUGUUCCCUACUGCCAAAUGUGGUAAGCAUGAUGCAAUCGAUGUGUGUGUAAUGUACAUAAUGACCUGAGUAAACUGGAUUAAGACUUGUGUCAGAUUAUUUUUUAUUUUAAAUUAUGGAGUGCCAACGGAAGAUUUUUUUAGGCAUCAUUUUUUUUUUAUUUACCUUUCUAUGACUGCAUGAAUACUAUGGAAAAAUAUUGAUACCAAACCAGAAAAAGCUUUGGAUAUGGAUAUGUUUUAACUUUUUAAAGUAUGAUAUUUAUUUUAAUGAUUUGAAUGCAUCAAAUUUAAGUUUAUUUUAUACCAUAAUGAUUCAAUUUAAAUCUUAAUACAAAAAAUUAAAAUUAAAUUUUAUAUGAUAUACAUGCAGAAUAUAUUUGUUUUACAGGGAUUCUUAUUUUAUUUACAUCAAAACUUUUAAGAACACCUAUGUUUAUUUGCAAUUGGUUAAAUUUUAUUCCUUCGCACAGUUAUGUAUGUUAAGUCAAAAUGGUAUAUAGACAGGUAGAUGGUAUUUAAAUUUUAAUUUUCUUUGAGACUGUAUUAAGAGACUCCCUGUCAUAUGUGACCUUUUUCUGAAGAUCCCUUUGAAAGUCACAUAUGACAGUCUCGACUGUACUUGUGCAUAUUUUUGGCCAAGUUAUGGCCCUUGCAUAAAAGGUGGGUUUUGCCUUGUUGAUGAUUUUUGUUGCAUGCUGCUGCACAGUAGCAGCAACAUGCAAUUGACUAUCAUGAGGCGACACAUGUGAUCACUGAUCCCUCUUGUAUUUAUUAUAUAAUAUUAUGUACAUUUUUAGAAAAUAUUAUUUAUGUAUGUUGGUGUUGUUUAAAACUGGGUUUUAUGAGAUGUAUAAGUAACCUUUGAUCUCCUAUUGUAUUUACGACCAUCUGGUAAUAAAUUGAUAAACCAUUUUAUAAAGUGUCUUUGACGUUUGGUUAACAACUUUUUGUAUACAAUGUUAUAAUGUUUAAAAAGGAAACCUUUUUUACUAUUGCUUUUAACAUUUUAUAUCAUGACAUUAAUUUAUCUAUGACUUUAUUAAAGGUACAUGUCCAUUUUUGGCUCAUCUGUCACAUAGUGACAUGGUGAGAUUUUGUGAUAACAAUUUGUUCGGUGUCCGACUAUCUGGUAUGCGUUUGUAAACUUUUACUUUAAACAACAUCUCCUCAUAAACCGCCAAGCCAUUUCAUCCAAACUUUACAGGAAUGUUCCUUGGGUGGUCACCUUUAAAAUUUGUUCUAAGAAUUGAAUUCCAUGCAGAACUCUGGUUGCAAUGGCAAGAAAAAAACUUUAAAAAUCUUCUUUUAAAAAAGCCAUACAGUUAGACCUUAGAUAUUUAGCAUUAAACUUCUUCUAGUGGGUGUCUACCAAAUGUAAUCCCUGGGGUCAAAAUUGGCCCCACCUAAGGAGGUAAUUGAUUUUCUUUAUAAAUAUGUAUAUAUAGUAAGAACAAAAACAAAAUCGUCAUCUAAAAACCCAAAUAGCUGGAGCUUAGAUAUUUAGCAUGAUACAACUUCUAGUUGAUGUCUACCAAGUUAAUUCAAAUAAAAGGCCUGGGGUCAAAAUUGACAGAUCCCUACUCUGACCCUUUAUUUGAAUAACAAUAGAUUUAACCACAAACAUAGUAAUACGUUGUGAAAUUCUUAGUGUAUCCACUAAUCUGAUAAUUAGAAGGUCAUGGAUCUAAGCAUUGACCCCGCCCCAGGGAGUCAUUAAUUUUCCUUAUAUGUAUAUAGUAAAACAAAAAGAAAUCUUCUUCUAUUAUAGUAUUGAGGCUUAAGCUUAGAUAUUUAGUGUGAAACAUUGGCUGGUGGACCUGUACAGAAAUUUUUCAAAUUAUAGCCCUCUGGUCAAAUUCACCCACCCUCGGGGGUGGGGGGACAUAGAUUUUCCUUAUACCUACAUAGCAAUAGCAACUAGUAAAGUUUUUACAUGUGCACUAUUUCAGAUACAAAUAUGAAUAUCAGUUUAAGAUGUAGAUUUUAUACCUGCUUUCGCUUAUAGUUUACAUUAUAAUACUGCACGUUUGUAAUGUCACUUUUCAUUGGAUAAUAGUGAUGUUUAUAUAGUUAAAUAUACACACCUGCUGUCAAUUUUCUAAGAAAUCUCAUUUUUUUCUCAAAAAAAGGAAGUUUGCUGUAUUAUAUAUUUGUUAUAAAUAUUCCUGACAGGUUAUAUGACCAUAUAUAAAUGGUUGUUUGCAAUAUAACCCUCAUCUAGCAGCUAGGGUUAUAUUUCUGAACAGCCAUUUAUAUAGGGCUAUAUAACCUGUCAAAAAAUCUUUAAAAACUAUGAUAUACAUAUUCCUUGUCAUGGAGAAUAUUUAUAUUUGGGUGAGCGAUAUUAGAGCCAUCAUGGCUCUUCUUGUUUUGAUUUAUUGAGUAGAACUAAUUUCUUUUUAAUUGACUGAAAGCACAUGGCAUAAUGAAAUUAUAGAACAGCAUUAAUUACAGUCAAUACAAUGUAUAUGAAAUUCAGGCAUCACGUUUCUGUUAUAUAGCAAUUUACUCCAGCUCUUUAUAUUGAUUUGCACUUGGUAAACUAGUAUUUUUCCUUCCCUUUUGAAAAAACAACACCUCAUUUACCUUACAACUAUUUCUCUAUGUUUUCAUUGUAUAUGUUAUUCUGACAUAUGAUGGUAUAUAUGUGUAAUCAUAAACAUUCUCAUCCUAGCCAUUUUAUCAUGUCGGUCAACUUAUCAUGAAUAAUUAAUAAAAGGUAAUAUAAUAUUA